GACGUGGUCACUGCGUCUAGUCGAAUUGAGUUAAGCAAAGUCGAGUUUAUAGGUUAGAGCAAGUCAGACAGUGAUCCUCAUCGUCGUUACCGUUAUCGUAGAUUAUUUCUCGUUAUCAAUCUAACCUCUUCGUUAAAAAAAGGAAGAAAUGUCGACGAAAUAUCUCUCAGAGAAGUUGGGCGACUUACACGUCGAGGGUGAGAGUCUCUCCGAUGAUUUUAACGGAGAAGACGAAGACUUUGAAGGCGAGUGGAACCCUAUCGAAGCAAAUGCAAAUAUAUCAUACAACACGAAGAAAGGCCAGGAUUACAACGACUCGGAGGUUUUAUCGAACAAAGUAUCCGACUACCAACCCUCGGAUAAGUUACUGAGAAGAUUCGCCAGUAAGAUAAACGUCGACCGAUACACUCUGCCUGGCCAUGCGACGAAUACUCUCGUCGAAAGCGAGAAGAGAAGUGAAAAGGAACGCAACAGAACGAAAGACAAGCACGACAGAGCGACCGUAGAGCAAGUAAUGGAUCCACGCACUCGUAUGAUCUUGUUCCGACUGCUGAACAAAGGCAUCAUCGAAGAAAUCAACGGCUGCAUAUCGACAGGGAAAGAAGCGAACGUGUACCAUGCAACUUCGAAGACAGGUCUAGAAAUAGCGAUUAAGAUCUACAAAACCUCCAUUCUCUUGUUCAAAGACCGAGACAAGUACAUCAACGGUGAGUUUCGCUUCCGGCAUGGAUACUGCAGACAUAACCCGAGAAAAAUGGUUCGCACUUGGGCAGAGAAGGAGAUGAGGAAUUUAGCUAGGUUAACUCAAGCCGGACUGCAUGCACCGAAACCAAUUCUUCUCCGCGGAAAUGUAUUGUUGAUGGAAUUCAUUGGCGUCGAUGGCUGGCCAUCUCCAAAAUUAAAAGAUGCCACUCUUGGUGAAUCGAAACUGAGAAAACUGUAUAGAGAGUGCAUAGAAAUGAUGUGGACUUUGUACAAUAAAUGCAAAUUGGUUCAUGCUGACCUCAGCGAGUACAAUUUACUUUAUCACAAGGAAUCGGUGGUUAUUAUAGACGUUUCUCAAUCGGUAGAGCAUGAUCAUCCUCAUGCUCUGGAUUUCCUUCGGAAAGACUGCACAAAUAUUACCGAAUUCUUCAGGAAAAGGCAAGUGGCCACAAUGUCCAUCAAGGAAUUAUUCGAUUUCAUCACCGAUCCUACCAUUACGGAUGACAACAAAGACGACUAUUUAAACGCUUUAGCAGAAAGAGUCAGCGAAAGUUUGGAAGGGACUGUCAACCCUAACCAAGAAGUUGACGAUCUGGUUUUCAAGCAUGCGUACAUUCCUCAGAGGCUGACUCAGGUAGUAGACUUCGAACGUGACAUUAGGCUUGCGAAGACUGGGAAGGAAUCGUUGAUCUAUAAAACGUUAGUUGGCUUGAAAAAUGAUUUGUCGACGCCAAACUUGUCCCCGGAGAUCCUUGCCAAUAAAGAUGCCAAGAGUGAAGAGGAAACCGGAGAGGAGAACUCUUCGGAUGUGAGUGACUCCGAUGACAGUGAGGACGAUGAGGAGGAAGAGGUUAGGGAAGGACUUAACAAAUCGAAAUUCGUCAAUUCGGCACGUCCUAAGGAUGAGACUACCGAAAGUAAAAAGGCCCGAAAGAAAGCUGUGAAGAGCGAACAAGCUGAAAAGAGACAACACAAGGUGAAGAAAUACAUAAAAAAGAAGAGAGAGAGAGCGAAGCAGUCAUCAAAGAGAUAACCUUUACGCCCUAAUAUUCCCCGUUGACCAUUAAAUGGCCAUGUGGUUAAUUUAAUAAAUUGAACUAUUUAAUUUUCCCAUGGCAAACUUAUGAAAACUAAUUUGUAUAAAAGGUACCGUGUGUAUAAUACAUUUAGAGUAACGGGAUGUGCAGGUAUUGGAUGCUACGUUUAUGUACAUUUGUGUCAUUGAAACCAAACAAUACCACAUAACGUAGUUAAGGGGUCUAGAUUCAAAGUCUCCAUUUCGUUCCCUUCUAUUCCGCGAAACGAAUUCGCGGUUAUGUCAUGUUUCAAUAAAUAUAGGUUACAUUCACCCA